CGUCAGCAAUUGUAUAUCCGGAUCCAUGGGCAUUAUAUUGGGCCUCACAUUUGCUCGAACAACGAAACUUAUUUUGAACAAUAUCUCUCUGGUAUUAGUUUUCUCGAAUCGUGUUUGCGUUAAACAGUUUAAAUUUUUUUGUUAAACAAAAAGUGUGUUGCUUGAAAUUUUACGUUUACACGUGUUUAUUAAAAAGUUCACGAAGAAAUAUGGGCGAGUACAUGAAUACAUAUAUUUUUGACAAAAGUUUUGACGAAAGAUUGUAUGAAUAUAAGUGCAUCCUUUCCGAGCCGAGAAGAGUGAUGCCCCCGAAUAUUCGUGCAGAAUGGGCUUACGACCUGGAGACGGUUAUGGAGAAGGCUGGUUGGGAAGCAUUGUGGAAAAUAUCCCGUUCAACGUGCGAAUAUUAUAACAUUCCUUAUCCGGUGAUAGUUCUCGUGAAGGUAUUGGGAAUGGAUUUUCCCAAAUUAAAUGCCAUUGUGAAAAUCAACGCUGUUCUGGACGAUGAUAUUCAUCUGCCUGACAAACACGAUGUACCAUUGAUAGAAUUGUUUCCCACUGUCACUCAGAAAAAUAAAACCUUGGAUAUAGAAGGUACUGCACAUUGCGUGGAUCGAUUUCGCUUUUUCUAUAAUAAUUUAUGGAUGCCUUGGGACGAGGAUGAGGAUGAUGAUAUUAUUUGGGUAAAACAUCACUUGGAAUCGAGGCUUAAGUUGUAUUACGAUAUAAAAAACAAAGUUAUUAAUGAAGAAACAUGUGAAAUUAUCAGAUCAUUAAUUAAAGAGGCAAGAGAACUAAAGAAGAAGAUUUUAAAAUAUGAGGCUUUAUUGCCUGAAGAUUUACAUGAAGAAGAAAUAUCCAAAGAGUUAGCAAAAGAAGCAUGCGAAUUGAUGAAGUUACAUUUUCGACUUCAGCAAAUUAAAGCAGAAAUGGACCUUUUAGAAAAUCCUUCAUUGAGGAAGUUACUAGGGCAUAAUCAAUACUUUAAUAAAAAAGAAAAGUACAAUGAUUGCAAGAAUGAAAAAAAUAUAUAUUACUUUGUGUGGCUUGGUGGUGCUGCAAAAGAAUUACAAGAACUUUCUGUUAAAAUUCAAACAAUGUUACCUGAAGAUGUACCUGUUAAAAUUUCUGGAUGUCUUGAUGAUGCUUUGGACAUAAUUGAAAGAGGUGAUACUGUUCUACUAGGUGAAGGGUGUCAUUCUGUCAAGCAUUAUAAUGAAUUACAAAAAGGAGGAAAAAUCAUAGGACUUUGUAAUAUGGAAAAUACUAUCCUCAGUCCAAUCGAGUCAGAUGUGUCAUCAGCUUUGUUUGAUUUUUCUGGUACUGAGGUCUUAUUGAAAAAUAUCUGUAUCGAUUUGGGAACACUUCAAGCAGGCAUAAUUGUCAGAAAAGAUUGUACUGUCAUUGUAACUGAUUGUAGAAUACGUGUCUCUAACAUUCCAAGUAAUAUCAAAUGGGGUACAGUAGUUAUGCCAGGUGCAAAAUUAAUAUUUGAGAAUACAGUUUUCCAAGGAUUAGGAACUGUUGUGGUUAUUUAUACAACUGGUGAAGUUAUCAUGAAUAAAUGCCGCUUUGAAAAUUGUUACGAGGGCAUACGGCUCUGUGAUAAUGCCAUAUUUAAGGCCACCAAUUGUUCCUUUGAGAAUAUUAAAUAUCCUAUAAUGAUGGAAACUGAGAAAGUAACCAAUUCGAAAAGUAUAGAAGUAGGAAGUGAAUCGGCUAACAUGUUUCUGGAAAAAAUAAUUUUAAAUGAAUCAUAUUCUCGCAAUCGUGUAUCUGAAUUGCUACUUCGACGAGUCGCGAACGGUCGCGUAAACGCGAUUAUUAAGACCGAGUGCACGCGCGUACCAGUGUCGGACACGUCUAUCGACAUGGUGGAGACAACCACGCCGAUCCAAGCCGCCGAUGGACAAACGCAAUUCGGUAACGCCCGUCACCUCGAUCCGUCCGACUGCAUCUUUGUCUUCAAAAAUACCCUGUCGGAUUACGAGGAGCCGCCGUCCGACGAGGAGCUGGUCGAUUUGAAACCUUUGCGGGAGGCGACGGUCGCGGUACCCGCGCCGAAGAUCACCGAGAAGCGAAAAGCCGAAGACGCCGACGCCAGCAAGGAUCUGAAGAAGGCGAAAUUGGAAACGAAAGCGCUGAAAGCGAAGAGGCCAGGAUUCACGGACGAGCGGUACAACGAGACCAGUUAUUACGUCGAGCACGGUCUCCGUAAAGUGUACCCGUAUUACUUCACCUUCACGACAUUCACGAAAGGUCGAUGGGUCGGCGAGAAGAUCCUGGAGGUCUUCGCGAGGGAGUUUCGCGCCCAUCCAGCCGAGGAAUACGAGAGAUGCAUCCGCGCCGGCACGCUGACGGUCAACUAUCAGAAGGUGGACGUCGAUUACAGGUUGCGGCACAACGAUCUCCUGGCUAACGUCGUUCACAGACACGAGGUGCCUGUCACCUCGGAGCCGAUCACGGUGAUACACAUGGACGAGGACGUCGUCGUGGUCAACAAGCCCGCCUCCAUCCCUGUGCAUCCGUGCGGCCGUUACCGGCACAACACCGUGGUCUUCAUCCUGGCGAAGGAGUACAACUUGAAAAACCUCAGGACCAUUCACAGGCUGGACCGGCUGACCAGCGGUAUUCUCCUGUUCGGUAGAACGCCGAAGAAGGCGAGGCAGAUGGAGCACCAAAUAAGAAAUCGGCAGGUCCACAAGCAAUAUGUGUGCCGAGUAGAGGGUGAAUUCCCGGGUGAAGAGGAGGUGACCUGUUCGGAACCAAUCGAGGUGGUUUCCUACAAGAUCGGCGUCUGCAAGGUCUCAGAGAAGGGCAAGGACUGCGUCACCCGUUUCAAGCGUCUCAGUUACAACGGCAAAUCGUCCGUGGUUCUGUGCAAGCCGCAAACCGGCCGCAUGCACCAGAUCCGCGUCCACCUGCAGUACCUCGGCUAUCCUGUGGUGAAUGAUCCGCUGUACAAUCACGUGGUAUUCGGUCCGCACAAGGGUAAGGGCGGUAACAUCGGCAAGACCGACGAGGAGCUCGUCCGUGAUCUAAUCAGUAUCCAUAACGCCGAGAAUUGGCUCGGCAUGGACGGCGACUCCGACAUGAGUUUGUUCAAGCCGAAGCUGGAGCUGGAGGAACGGGUCCUGGGUACCGGCAGCGACAAGGAUAACGGCUCGUCGCCAUCGUCGACUCCAGGUCUGGUCGAGGACGAGCAACAGCAACCGCAACAGCAGCCGCAGCAGCAGGAAUCCCUUAAAGUCACCGUAGGAACGCAGACGGGCUCGGAACCGCCGGAUUCCACCUUCGCCAACGACAAGGUCACCGUCGAUCCGCACUGCUACGAGUGCAAAGUCAAGUACAGGGACCCGAAGCCGUCGGAUCUGGUGAUGUAUCUGCACGCGUGGCGCUACUGCGGCCCGGGAUGGGAAUACGAGACACCGUUGCCUGCGUGGGCGGCGAGCGAUUGGGCCGGCGACGAUCGAUAGUUCGUACGACGUGAUCGAGGAUGAUCUUGUCGAUCGCCGUCGUCGUCGAGUCUCGAAUCCCCUUUUGAGAUAUCCUUACCCCGUGCCUUCCAUCCGCCAACGAGCGAUCUUUUGACCAUUGUACACGAAUACUGAACACUUACACACACAUACACACGCGCACACACACAUACACGCAGGCAGACACGUACAUACAUGCGAUAAACAAAGAUGCAAUAUCCCCGUAACCCGGCCGUCAGAUUUCUCGAGGCUGCGAUCCGAGAGAAAUGGGAUUGCUGGAACAAUCUCGUCGCUCGAUUUGCAUUUCUGCGAUUUCUCGCCGUCGAUAUGUAAGUGACAACUCGACGCAUUAUUAUGACGUACCUGGAAGAGCGGAAGCAAUUUUCGCGCGCAGAAAUGUAUGUUCUAUUCACUAUAGUUUGCACGCGCGCGUUCUCAUUUCGUUAUUCUGGCAGAGUCCCGUCGCUUGCGCGAAUUCCACAUGCGGACGAAUUUUGCGCGGGAAACGAUCCGAGACGAUGAUGCUAUAUUAUGCGAAUUAAUCAUAGCGACAAAAGACACCAUUGUACAUCGGCCCUUUAAUGCUGUCCUGAUUUUGCGAGCCAAAUAAUAAAUCAGAGCAUCAUUAUUGCUAUUUUUAUCCUGUACCUCGGCGCCUAUUUCGGGUUUUACACAAUCACAUUUCUCUUGCGUGAACAAACUUGGGACGCGUCGUAUUUGUAAUUGCAGCGCAAAGUCACGCCAGUGAGAGAUGUAAUAAAGCGCAACGAUUGUUCCUAGGAUCGUUUCUCUCUGUAUCAGCUUUUGAAGAAGACCUUUGCACGGUCAAUCGAUCAAAUGUUUGCAAGUCGCAGGACUUCGUUGUAACUUACAAAAGUAAUGACGUUUCUAGAGUAAUCCUUUUUUUUUAUCAGAGAUAUAUUGUAACAAAAAAAAUAUAUAGAUGAUAUAUCUGUGAUUAUAUUAAUGCGAUAUCUAUUGACCAAAACGUUUUAAGGAUCAAGACCACGAUUGCGAGGCGACAAAGGCUAAAGAUAAUUUUCUCUUAAUUUUUAAUAUAGUGAAAAAAAAUAUAGAUAAUUGAAUAAAAUUCUUCAUUCAAUAUAUCGUAAUUCGAACGCAACUCUGUAUAGCAGCGUAUCGCGCGCGGAAAUCGUACAUAAAAAAUCACUUAUGCGAAUGCUGUAUAAGCAGACUGAGACAAAUGUAUGUAUUCUGUAAAAAACAAAAACAAAAAAACGCGACAGUUUCAACGCUUUUAUGCGCAGCGGCGGUCAAAAAGUCACUGCCACUGGAACGCGAGACACCCCUAAUACGCGACAGAGAAGAUUGAUGCAUCUGUCGGAGGUGGGAUGCCGAUGGAUCGUAUCGUUUGUCUUGAUUUAUGACGUACACAGAAACGUAGAAAGGCUCGCGGUCUCUCCUCUUCUAUUUUCUACGAGCGACGAGAGUCGCCCGGCAACUAUUACUCUCCGAUCUUACGGGACAUUUUGAUUCACGAGAGAUACCGCUCGAUCCAUUUCUCAAAAUUCCGUGCUCUUUGCAGAAGCGCAACAUCGUCUUAUCAUCCAAGAAUAAACGACAGCCCCGGAGAAUAAAUAUCCGAGUAUAUAUGUUUCGAUCGCGCGUGAGAGAGGGUCGCGACGUUCCCGGGAGAGAGAGAGAGAGAGAAAGAGAGGAGCGUAUACUCGGGGUAAAAUGAUCAUCGCCGGAUUUGACCUCGGGAUUGACUUCGGAGGAACGGAACCGAAGUUGAACCGGUGAUAUCGGUUAUAUUCGCGGCGGCUGCUGUUGCUUUUGGCAUCGAACCACUUCGGCACUUUCAGCCUGACAGAAGUCAGCUAACUUGGCGAUAAAUUUAUCUCCGCGCUUCGACGACUCGUCUCUCUCUCUGGAACAAUUUCAACGAAGCCCUGCGAUUUCCGCGUUUACUAUCGUAUAUACAAUAUUUUAGUGGUAUAUCGCUAAUAUACUCGUGGCGUGAGAAAAUGAGAUCCCGUAGUACAUAAAUGUGAAUCGUGAAUCGAGAAGACGAGUGGAAAUAAAUAACGUCGGUAUCAAUCGUGCAUUAUAUAAUACUAUUAGAGGAACUCUCCGAUCGCGGUUAUCGUGAUCGUCAAUUUCAAGCUCGUCCGUAAAUUUCGAAGGAUAUCACGUCGCAUAAAUACGGAUCGUAUUCUCGAAACCAGGGAAAUGUAAUGGUUGCGAGUAAUUAGCAUCAUUUCCUACCUAUAUACACAUCGCGUCGACGAUGAGAGAAACCUGCGUAUCUCAUUUAACGAACAGUAUAGUGAUUCUCAUUCACGUUUUCGCAUGGUUUCGAGAAUAGACGUCUAGGAAAUAGGACGACUUGAGGAAAAGGAGAUGGAAUUGUAAUUUCCUCCUGUUUAGAACAGGAAGAUAGAGGAUUGACGUAUGGUAACCGCGACAGAGAGGCGCGCGUCUAUUUUUAUGACAGAUAUACGUAUUAACGCGAAACUCUGGAUGCGAGUCUAGCGGCAGGAGUCUUCAACAAUAAGCGUGAUCUUGCCGAAAGACAGCCAAUGAUCAUGCCAAAGAGCGAGCGACCAGCGAGCUUUUUAAUCAUAUCGUGCAUAAUGUACCUUUCCUGCGAGAACCUUCUCGAGAAGAUGAAGAAGAAGAAGAGAGAAAAGGGCGGAAAGACAAAGCGUUUCACAAGUACAAUUCAAAAGCGAGUGAAAUGCGAGAGUGCUAUAAUUUUAUUUUAUUAUUAUAUUAUUACGAGUCACGUGUUCUCGAUUGAUACCGAUAUGUGUGUGUGUGUGUGUAUACACACAUAUACAAUGUGUUUCGAAGCGAAUAGAGCUGAUAAAUUUUGUGGGUUUGGUAAAUCAGCCACGAAUGCCACGAAUCUAUUUAACUUCGUUACUAUCGAGACAUCGAAAGUUUAAUAAGUCAAAGUUACAUAUUCGAACUUUAUAAUUUACUCUGUAAUUUCUUCUUAAUGCGAUCAAUUUUACAUUAUAUUCUUUGCUUAAAAUCAAUACACUGGCAAAGUUGAUCGGUUUCGCUUCGGAACACUAUGUAUGUAUGUAUGUAUGUAUGUAUGUGUGUGUGUGCGUGUGUGUG